GAUAACAAAUGACAGAUUGAAAGAGAAACGACUUCCCAUUCAAAACAAUGGUAUUGGUUUGUAUUCCUGGUAAAAGUGCUGAGUGCUAGCAGUCAUGUCCACUUCUACUUCUUGGGUGAGUUAUUUUAAAUAAUAAAUAUGCAGAUGUGUACACGUUGGAUAAAAUGGGAUGUCCGGUUACCACACUUGACUAUCAGAGUGUAAUCGAAUCCGUGUUCACAGCACAUAUCGUGCCAGUGCUCAGUGAGGUGUGUCAUGCAGUGUUUGUGGUGGCCAACCAUCACACCAUGUUCCUCUUUGCAAAUUAUUUUUUUCUGUGUUUGCCUCGCUGUCAUCCUUUUCUGAGACUUGUCUGGCGUUUCCACAAGUCAUAUGUUUACAGUGUUUUCGACUAAAGCACCAGCAACCGGACAUCGAAGGAUUUACCUCCCUGUAGCUUUAUGAAAAAUGAAAACUUGCAGCAAGUCCCCUGCAAUGCUCCUGAUUUACAUCAUGUUACUCCCAGUUCUUGAGGCACAACAAGUCAAAGUGGAGCCUGAAGUGACGGGAUACCUCGGAGAGGAGGUCACCCUGCGAUGCCAAUUCAUCCCGGGACCAGAAGAUGACAUCAUCUCUCAGUUUCAGUGGGAGCUGAAGACACCAGAAGGAGAGGAUAUCCUCAUCAUUGUUUCUAAUGCUGAAUCAGAAGUUAGUGUCCACAACAGUUCGCUGAAGGAGAGAGUGAAGAUUGCAGAUCAAUCUUUGAUAAUUGGAGAUGUGAAAAUUAGAGAUGCAGGGUCGUACACCUGCACCGUUACAGCUUUUCCCGGUGGUGUGUUUGAAGGAACCACCAAACUUGUUGUUCAAGAACAGAAGCCACUAUCUGCAGGGACGGUGUCUGCUAUAGUGAUCGCCGUCAUGCUGCUGUUAGGCAUCGUGGCUGCCAUUGUAUACCUCAUCUUCAUCAGAAAACGUGAUCCGAAGGUCAGACACCGUGUCUACAUUGAUACAGACGGUCCGGUGAUGGAUGUGUCGCGGCAAUCUGUUCUCAAAAGAGACGUGGAUGUGGUGUACUCUGACGUCAGGCUGAAAACAUCCAGAGAUGCUCCGCCCGAUGAGGAACACACGGCGGACGACGUCACGUACGCCGAGGUCGUAGUUGUGCGCCAUCAGCUCCAAUGAACACGAGAUGGAUGAUAAACUUGUCUUUGUUGUACUUGCAAUAAUCUGAAAGAUGCUGGAUACACGUUUUAUUUAUAUAUUUAUACCAGCUUCGAAAGUAAAACCUGCUCCAUGGCUUCAAAUCAUCCUCUCAUUUUCCACUUUAGCCUCAAAGCAGGCGAUGUAGUUUAAAGGAAAUGUAGUAAGUUUUUCACUGAUAGGAACCUUUUUUAUAUGUGGAGGUAUUAAGUGAUGAAAAGAUCAGUAUUUUAAAGUAGCCGGGGUUGUAUCAUUUACCCGACACUAGCGAAACAUUACCAUAUUUUGUGGUUCACCUAGCUUUUAAAGUACAAUAAAUAAACUCUGUUACAAGCUACACAUCAUGUGAAGAAAGCCAAAUAUCCUUCACAGAUGUGCCUUGUUACCACAUUUCCAUCAAAAUCUGCCAUUUUCCUUCAGUUACGUCUGUCUUGGCCCUGUACCAGAGUUAACCGUGCUCUUAAAGAAGCCCUAUUAUGCUUUUUGGAGUUUCCCUUUCCUGUAGCGUGUUAUAAAGUGUGCAUGUAAAUGGUCUGCAGAGCCUAAAAUCCCUGUUUUCCCUCCAGAGGGAGUUUCUCUCCAACACACUGCCUGAAACUGCCUCCAUUGGACUCCUUUGUUUACUUCAGUGACAUCACCAUGUAACAGUUGCAUACCUAUUAGCUUACGCACCAGCACAUUGUACGUGAUAAGCUAAGGGGCGGGACAAUAUCUAAGUAGUUGACCAAACACAACAGAGCCGGCCAGCUGACCAAUCAGAGCAGACUGGGCUCUGGUUUCAGACAGAGGGUGAAAAGAGGUGCUGCAGCACAGGCAGUAUGAGGAAAAUAAAAAGCUUUUUGAACAUUAAAGCAUGGAGACAUGUCACAGGAGAGACACUACAUACAAAUAUGAAACCUCUAAACUAGCAUUAUGGCCCCUUUUAAUGUGAAUGUAAUUAAUAGAAGCAAAAUGUUGGAUUAAUUCCCUCUUGCAAAGUGUUGCUCAAAAAGAAUAAUUAUUUUGAAAAUUAAACUCCACUAAUAUUAUUUUGUCGACAUGUUUCCUGCCAUUUGGUUUCAAAUAUAUAUAACAGGUAGGAAUGGCACAAACCAGCACACCUCCAACCUGUCAGCGAGGUAAAUAACGUUUUACUUAGCCGUGCUGCACAGUAGAGAAACACUCAAACUGUGCCGACAUGGCUACAGCAGUCACGGUAGAUUUCGUUACACAAAGUUCCUAUUCCACCUUUUGGUGACCAUCAAAGAUGGAAGACAAAAACAGGAAGAAAAAAAGUUGAACAUUACACAAUAAAAAAAAAAGGAGAACCAACACAGACACACUGGUGCGUCUGGUGGUUGCUUGUUUCUGCAGAAUAAUUGACUUUUUAAAUGGCAUUUCUUUGUGAUUCACCUUAAUUGAUGUCAUAAUGUUUAGAUACUACAGUAUGUGUGCCUCUUGCUUUAAUCUAGUGACGAGCCAGUGUUGAUAUGAUAUCAUUGAUUUAUGAAUCAGAGAGGAAGGCUGCAUUCUUUGUGGUUUUAAAAUGUUCUUAAUGCUGCCCAUUUUACAAACCAAGAAUAUAAUUUAAAGAACAUUUUCUUAACAUAUUCAAACAGCACAGAUACUGAUAACACUUGUUUUACUAACCCUACCCUUCUGUCUGCUGUGAUUUUGAAUGUGAGGAUGCUGUUCACAGAUGUUGCAGACUUUGCAGGCGUUUUGUAAGAAGGUGACAAAAAUAUGGUUUGAAAAGUUUCUGUACUGAUGCACACCAUCACUGAGCAUCUCCAACCGUCACUAUCUGAACCUGCCGAGUGUUCAGCUGCACUUCCUGACUCAUUUUGUGGGUGUGAGAUUGCUCGUUCUUACAAAACAUGUGAAAACAGAACCAGUUGUUUGUAGUGUGUGAGAAAAAAGGGGUUGUUUAACCGUUAAUGUUCAGUGUUGUUCCAUUUAGUUUAUAUUGAAAGGGAUUGCAUUGUAACCUUAAGAACAGUCAGUGUAAUGCAUUGCCUUUUGCAGGUAACAAUGUAGAGAAACAGGGCAACAGUUCUGUGAAUUGUCUCUCUUAGUUUUUACCGUUUAAUAAACCUGUAAAUGUUCAGACUUCA